GUCUCAUCACUCGCGAUAUCAAUUACACCACACUCAUCACCAUGUCCAUCGAAUCGCUCAACUCACUCCCCUAUGAACCUGAGAUCCUAGUAAAACCUCCCAUAACUCCGUCGCAUCACGUCCUGUACCAGCUAACCCCACAGCCUCCUUAUCAACGCCGCGACCUCCAAGAACAAGACACCAUCCUCUCAACCGAGCUUUCUCACGCUCUCACCUACAACCGCGAUAACAAAUCCAUCGACCCAUGGAAUUGGGUCUGGGCCUGGACCGGCCUCUCCAAAGACCAACGCCAGUGGGAACUCGGAUGGCGUGACCCUCGGUGGAGUUGCUCAACGAACCCAGCGCCAGAACAAAAAUUAUCACCUAAAUACUUCGCGGUCAAUAUUGCAAGACUAAUGCUCAGGGAUCCAAGGAUCAGAGCUGCGGUUCUGAAGUUUUGCAUGAAGAACGACUGGGGUUUGGAUGGAGGGAAGGUAAUCGAUCUGUUUGUGAAGUAUCUAAUGGAUCUGUUUAUUGAGGCUUGGGUAUAUCUGGAUUUAGUGGACGAGAAAAGAUACGGAGAACCCAAGAGCUUGCUGAAGAAGUUGUUUGGAACAAGCCAUGUGGAGAGAUUGAAGGAGAGGAAAAGGUGGGUUUAUGGGAAACUCUCGAUUACGCCGACGGAGUUUGUGACGAAGGUCGCGAUGGUGGAUAAGUUUCCGACUAUUGGAGUGAAGGGUUGGAGUGAGCAGGGGAGGAAGCAAUGGGUAGGGAGGGACUUCAUCCAUUUUUCGGGGGCGCUGAGGGAUUUCAAGGAGGGUUUGAGGGGUUUGAGGAAGGUGAUUGUUGAUGUGGAGGCUAUUGAGAUAUGAACAAGAUUGAUGAUAAGGAACUUGAAUCU